AUGUUGGAAGAGGAUGCUCAGCACUGGUGGCAGGGCAUUCAAGGUUUAUUGCAGCAAGAUGAGGGUAAUAUUUUGUGGGAUGUUUUCAAAGAAGAGUUCUAUAAGAAGUACUUUCCUAGAGUUACUCGUGAGGCAAAGGAGAUGGAGUUGAUGCAGUUGAAACAGGGAAGUAUGUUCGUUGCUGAGUAUACAAGGAAGUUUGAAGAUUUAUGUCAUUUUUCCAAAGUUUGUCAAGGGAAUCCAGCAGAUUUCGAAGAGUGGAAAUGUUUGAAAUUUGAAGGGGGACUCCGUGAAGAUUUGUUGAACUCAGUGGUUCCAUUGGAAAUACGGAAUUUUGCGGAGUUGGUUAAUAAGAGUCAGCUAGUAGAGGACUGUGCUAAGAAGAUAGCUGCAGCUCGGAUGAAUCGCCCAGGAUCUUCUUUUCAGAAUUAUAAUCGGUAUACAGCUCCUCAGGGAAGGAAUUUUAAGCAGGGAGCAAUGCCUUCACGAAGGUACAAUCAGAACAGAAAUGUUCAUGCACGUCCUACAGAAGGGAAUGGAGGAAGAAUGAGACAGGAUAUGGGUAAGCGACCUCAGCAGGCGCAGAUGCGACCAGUAUGUAGGCAGUGCGGAAAGGAGCAUGGAGGUAGACCUUGUCAGCUUACAGGCGUUAUCUGUUUUUCUUGUGGUCAGCCUGGACAUAUGGCUAAGGACUGUCCGAAGAAGCUAGUACAAGGAAUAGAUAGGCCGCGACAGCAAGGAUGUGUGUUUGCUUUGACUGCUGAUGAUGCAAUGAAAUCAGACUCCCUAAUUCAAGGUCAGUGUUAUGUCAAAUCUCGACUCUUAACUGUACUGUAUAACUCUAGUGCAUCACAUUCAUUUAUUUCUGAGACUGUUGCGCAUGAGUUGGGAUUAGAUUUCACCAUGUUAGAUUAUAAUCUAAUUGUUCGUACACCCACAUCUCAAAAUGCCUUGACUAGUCAAGUAUGUCAACAGGUGCCUUUUGUUAUUGAGGCUAGGACUUUUAUACAUGACCUGGUUUGUUUGCCUUUGUGUGGUUUAGAUAUUAUCUUAGGUCUAGAUUGGUUGUCCAAGCAUCAUGUUUUCCUUGAUUGUUUUAAACAAAUUGCUAUAUUUCCAUCAUCUGAAAUGCACACUGAACCAGUUGAGUCUUGUACUUUCUAUUUGAAUUCCCUAAGAGUUAUUUCUAGUAAUAGUGGGUUAGAGGGUUACGUUCUACUAUCGGCUAGCUCAGAAACUAAUGAACAAGACUUGGAGCAAAUCCGAGUGGUGAAGGAGUUUUCUGAUGUUUUUCUGGAUGAUAUACCUGAGUUUCCACCUCAGAGAGAGAUAGAGUUUAGUAUUGAUCUGGUUCCUGGAGCCGGACCAAUUUCUAUAGCACCGUAUCGGAUGUCACCAUUGGAAUUAGCAGAGUUAAAGAAGCAGUUGAAUGAAUUGCUGGGGAAGAAGUUUAUUCAUCCGAGUGUAUCACCAUGGGGAGCUCCAGUGUUACUAGUAAAGAAGAAGGAUGGUGGAAUGAGGUUAUGUGUGGAUUAUCGGCAAUUGAACAAGAUCACAAUCAAGAACAAGUAUCCACUCCCAAGGAUAGAUGAUAUGAUGGACCAGCUAAGAGGUGCGACAGUAUUCUCGAAGAUUGAUUUGCGGUCAGGUUACCAUCAAAUCCGGGUGAAGGAAUCAGAUAUACCUAAGACUGCCUUUCGAACUAGGUACGGUCACUAUGAGUAUACGGUUAUGUCCUUUGGACUGACUAAUGCUCCUGAUGUAUUCAUGGAUUAUAUGAAUCACAUUUUUUAUCCGUAUCUAGAUCAUAUUUUCUAUCCAUCCCGGAACGACUAA